GCUCACGCCCGCUCAUGACGCUGGUACGCGUCUCAAACAUAGGACGAUCCCAGCGCUCCGCCUUCUGACCGUGUCUCUGAACCCCACAUUACACUGGCACCGCUGUUUGCUGUUUUGAAGUGGGCGGUCUCCCGAGAUUCAAGCCCCCACAACGCACUUGUCCGACCCCCCCUCACCACCGUCAUUUACUUUGUUGUCUUACAGGAAAGAAGCAAACAGUAACGAGGAAAAAUAAGCAUUCAAAUCCUCAACCCCCAAGAUGGACGAGCACCUGGCGCAACUGCUCGCCGGCACCCAGGACAAAAACGAAGCCCCCCGCAAACAGGCCGAGAUCGAGCUCCUGCAUGCUCGGCAGAAUCCCGAGUUCCCCUUGUCGCUAUCCCGCAUCGGCAUACACACGGGCGCCCCCGUACAGAUCCGCCAGUCGGCCCUCACAUACCUGCGCAACUUCAUUGAGAAGAACUGGGCCCCCGAUGAUGCCGGCAGUGGCCCCCAGGUUCUCGUCGAAGACUCGACCAAGGACUACCUGCGCAAUGUCAUGCUGGAGCUAGUCCUGAGCCCCGAGGAUGAGCGCAAGGUCAAGGUCGCGGCUAGCUAUGUGGUCUGCAAGAUUGCCGUGGCCGACUUCCCACACCGCUGGCCUGCCCUCCUUCCCUCCGUUCUCGCUGUCAUGCCGGCCGGGACCGACGCCCAGCUCCACGGCGCCCUGCGGAUUCUACAAGACCUAGUCGAAGAGAGCUUGACCGACGAACAAUUCUUUAGCGUGGCCCGGGACAUCAUCAAGGCCUGCUACGAUGUUGCGCUGAACGAGAACCGCAAGGAGACGCACCGGAGCCUGGCCGUGCUGGUCUUCCGGAGCUGUUUUGAUCUAAUGGAUAUUGUGAAGGAGGAUCACAAGAAGGAAGUCAAGACGUUCGCUGAGCAGGUCCUCAGCGGCUGGUUGCCAUUCUUGGAGCAGGCCAUCAAGACACCGCUCCCACCUCUCGUGGACGACACUGGGUCCCAGCCAGACAACUGGUACGGCCCGAUCGCGCUCAAGGACCAGGCCAUCAAGACCCUGAUUAAGAUCCGGACCGUCUUCCCCUCUCUCCUUCUGCCGCAGAUCCUCGCCUUGUUUACUGCCACCUGGGAAGAACUCACAAGGCUGAUGCCCCCCCACCAAUCCCUCUUUAUCAACUCUGAUGCCCAGAGCCGGUUGGAAGAUAUCGACGGCCUCCCGUUCACACUCGAUUUCCUAGUCCUAGACGACCUGGAUUUCCUCAACCAGUGCAUUCGCGCCCCACCCGUGCAAAAACAGCUCGAAGCCGACAUCAAGGCGCGCGGUGCUGUCCACGAUACUCCCUGGGUGCUAGAUCUCAUGAACCUCUUGACCGCCUUCUCCCAAAUCACACAAGAAGAGGAAGGGCUUUGGAACAUUGACGUAUCUCUCUACCUUGCCGACGAGACAUCCGUGUCAUCCAAUUACACCGCCAGAACCGCCUGCGGUGAUCUAAUGAUCAAGCUCGGAGAGUGGCUCGACAAGGCUGCGCUCGAGGGUUUGUUCGCAUACACAAAGACCAUCUUUUCGGCCGAGCCUGCAAGCUGGCAGAAACAAGAAGCAGCGUUAUUCUUGUUCAACGCUAUAUUGAACGACUUCCAAGACUGCGAGAAGUCGAUACCGUCUGAGAUCGCUAAUGCCUACCUCGAGCUCGUGACUUACGCCGUGAAUAGGCAGGACGAGCCGAUGUUGCGUGCUCGCGGGUACCUCGUCGCCGGCGCUUUGGCACAGACUUACCAGCCUGCGCUUAGCCUUCUCGACAACGUGGUAGAUGCCAUCACCAGGGACGACUCGGAACUUGUGCAGGUUGCCGCCGUCAAGGCAGUUGAGGGCUUCAUCAGGGGCGGAAUCCCGGUAGGUCGUCAAGUCCCCAUCAUCAUGGCCAUCCAGCGUUUCUUGGAAGCCAAGGACCUCAGCGAGCUGGAAGACGCCGAUGAUCUCCUGGUGACGCUCCUGGACACCCUACGUACCACCAUCAGCAUGGAUACCAGAAUUGCUAUCCAGCCCGACAGCAAGGCAGUGGAUCUGCUUUUCCUCAUUGCCAAACACGGUGCAGCGAACUUCCACGUUACCCUAAUCGUUUGCGAGACGUUCGAGGAUAUUGCGAGAACUUUCAAGGACAACGAGGGACCACUUAAGGACAUGGAACACCCUCGUCUCUAUGCCGCGCUCUGCAGCAAGGUCUUGCCCUCCAUCACAGGGACAUUCGACGUUGCCAACCUCACCCAGGACGACCCUCUCGUCACCUUGGCCGCCGACCUUCUAUCCCUCCUUGUCCAGUUCGGUUCCGAGCCGCUCCCCGAGGGCUUCGUUGCCGCCACCCUCCCAAAGCUUCUACAUCUCUUGAUGACCUCUUCUGAGGGCGUCAUUCUUCGUCCGGGCGCGGAAGCAGUCAAAUUCAUUCUCAUGCACGACCACAAACAGGUCUUUAGCUGGCAGGAUGAGAGCGGCCGAUCUGGUCUCGAGGUCUGCCUCCGCAUCAUCGACCGUCUCCUCGGCCCGGACAUCAAGGAUACUGCAGCCUCGGAAGUGGGCGGCUUGGCUGCCGAGUUGGUUGAGAAGGCUGGUCACGAAAGGCUCGGCCCCUUCCUGCCCCAGCUUCUGCAAGCAGUUGCUACGCGCCUAGAUACCGCCCAAGCAGCACCCUUUAUCCAGUCCCUCAUCCUAGUCUUUGCCCGGCUCUCGCUUGUUGGCGCGCAGGAUGUUGUCAACUUCCUCAGCGACAUCCAGAUUAAUGGACAGGUGGGGCUGCAAGUUGUCUUGAGCAAGUGGCUCGAGAACUCGGUCAACUUUGCGGGCUACGACGAGAUUCGGCAAAACGUUAUCGCCCUGUCCAAGCUAUACUCCCUCAAUGACUCUCGCUUAACGCAGACCAUGGUCAAAGGUGAGCUCAUCAUCGCCAACACAGAUAGGAUCAUGACAAGAUCCAGAGCCAAGCUGAACCCCGACCGAUACACCAUCAUCCCCGCCCCGCUCAAGAUCCUCAAGGUCCUCGUCGAGGAACUCGUCUCGGCGUCCGGCCUGCAGGCGGCCGCGAACGUGGCCGCCGCCGCGGCGACCGAGCUCGCGGACGAGGACGAGGAGGGCGACAACGAAGGGUGGGAGGACGAGCCGGACGACACGCUGGACCUGGCGCUCGGCAGCACCAAGUCGGACCUGAUGGGCUGGAUCGAGGGCGGCAGCUCGCGGCAGCGCGACGACGAGACCCAGGCGUACCUGAUCGACUUCUUCAUCCGCGCCGACGCCGACAACAUCGCCGAGUUCCAGAACUGGUGCGGCAUGCUCACCGACGACGAGAAGCAGAAGCUCAAGGAGGCCGCGCGGUAGGAAUGCCCGACCCCCGAGGCUUCGCUGCCGAGGCCGUCUGUGAGGAGUAUGCUGCGGUGGUGAAAAAAAGAAAAAAAAGAACAGUACUGGCUACGAGGUGCGAUGGCUAAGGCGGUACAGCAGGGUGUUGGGUCGUGGGUCGGAUGAUGAGGACCGGCGCCGAUUGUGAUUUUACUGUGCGUUGCAGCUACCACGAGCAUAGUCGAAAUGGGAUUGUAGGAAGCUUAUCGGCAAGUAGAGAUAGACUCGGGCUUGUGUGGUUUGGCAUGCGUGCCCAAUCCCGAUGUUGAGUGAACGAGGGGUUUGCCGGCGGGGGAAACUGAGAUACGGAUACGGGUCUGGAAGAGGCGUGCUGAUGUGCGUACCUCUUGGAGCAUAAGUACAUGGUAUUCGUGAUUCUAUCUCCCGUGUUCACGUAACCGAAGAGAGAC